AUGGGCCGGGGGGCGCCGCGCCCCGCCACUCGUUUUGUGAAUGGAGGCGCGCGUGCCGCCGCCCGCAGCACGCUCAGUCGCGCCGCCGACCAACGCACCGGCACGCGGACGCAUGCCCCAUUCCGCUCGCCCGCCGCCGCGCACCGUUCGAAAUUCGAAAACGCGCCGCCCAGUGGAGUUACGCGCUCGUGUUCGCGUGCCGUACGCACCGGCAGCGGUUCCGUAUCUGUGCUGCCGCUAGUUCGUGACGUUGCAGAAAAUCGCCGCAGAAACUCACGCGUGCCGCCGGGAUAUCCGUCUUGCCGUAGUCUGAGUCCACGUUCGCACGCGGCUCCAUCGGCGCUUCAGCUGCCAUUAGUUAACCGCUAUGCGGCGAUAGCUAAGAAACACGCGUUCCCAGCACUCGAGGUGCGGCACCGUACGCCGCGGUACCGCCGUCCGCAAUUACCAGUCCAA